AUGGAGUCUGCGCCCACCUUGUCUGACUUGUUGGCAGGCUCCUCAACGGGCAACAGCGCAAAAACCCAGCCUACCUACACGACAGUUGGUUCGAUCUACAACCCUAAGUCUGCUACACAGCUCCAGCCGCCGUCGCGGCGCCCUAGAACUCGCCGAUGUCCGCAGCCCCUUCGGUCUCCAUCUGGCGGCGCCUUCACCAACUUCCCUGACGCGCUUCUGUCUUCAUUGCCUCUUGAGGAUCAGGCUCUGCGUUCACCUCCAACCACGGCAUCCACACUGCAGCAGUACUCACCGCUGCAGCAGAAUUACGACCGAGCGGCUACCCCGGUUCGGGAGCGGGAGCGAACGGCCGUUGUCGGAUCCAGCAUGGCGAUACCUAGCAUACGAUCCGGAAACCUGCCGUCUCCCACGGCGUUUGGAAGCAAUGAUAGUCUCUCUGCAGAGGAUACGCUGACUUCUCGCAUCACUGUCAAGGGGCUUACCAACUUAGCGUCGUACCCCAACCCCAUGCAGAAGGCUGCCCAGAAUACUCUAGCGAGAGCUCGUGCUGCUAACCUCGGCUUCAGCCGCCCGGGCACUCCUUCAUCGCUCCCAUCCACAACCACCGAUGGAUCCAACGACCGCUUUCCCAGCUCGUCUGCUAUAAAACCGGCCAUUGCAGGACCACCCCAGCCCUUGAAGGCAGGGCCACCCGGCCAGCGAACGUUCAAGCCAUCGACGUUAGAUGCGGCGUCCAGGACAAUCCGUACUGAAAACCCUGCACCCUCGGCCGUGUACCAUUCAAGAUUUCCGAUUGGUUUUGAAUAUAACCUCGACACUAACCACCUAACCACGCUUGAUGACAAUGAUGGUUUGAAUGGCUCAGGCCCGUCGGUUCACUUGCCUCUUGAUGAGCGACUUCCCGCCUUGACGUCACACAAUAAUCCAGACGUUGUAGGCUUCGCGCACCUUUUCACACCAGGUCCAUCCAAUGCCGUUUCUGAGGCCACGGAGGGCGACAGACGGAAGGUCCACGAUACACUUCCUCCCGAGAGAAUCAGGCACUAUUUUCCGAGCGGGUUUCCGUCAAACUACGAUGGACGACACAAGCCCGUGGCCGAGGACUGGCACACAAGAUAUCCAACUCCAGAGAACUGGUUUAUGCAGAAAACAUUCUCGGAGCGCAUGGCCAAGAUCAACCGGACCUUCUAUGCCGGUACGGAGGGGUUGGUCAGGAACAUGGAGCAAAUUGUGCGCGAUCACAAUUACCGCUGCCUGGAGAACAAGAUUGGCGUCAUCGGCGAAGAGAGGGAGCGUCUCCGUGGAAGCCAUGUCGAGAGGCUGGGUACCCAUGGAAAAGUCCAACCUCCAGCUCUGAGCCUGAACGAACUCGACCAGAUGGGGGAGGCCGAGAUCGCCAAACCCCUGGUGAACAUGGCGUUUGCCACACUGCUCAGCUACAAAGAAAAGAGCGAGUCUGGGUCUAAUGGAAAGUACUCAUGGCCUAGCGGUUUCAUCAAAGCAGACGACGCCUGGGUGGACGCCACGAAGGAGGGCAACACGAGCUUUUUUAGCGAGCCGAAGGAUGAAGCGGGGGGGAAACCUUGCAGCGAAGAGUGA